AUGGCAAAUAGAUAUAUGUUACCUUCUAAUGCUCAUACAGUAUCAAAAAUUUUUUUUGUUCCAUAUUUUAAAACAUUAAAAGUUGGUUGGCAAUAUAAUACAUUAAUGUGUAAAGGAGUAGAAAAGUUUGUAGAAGAAUUUUUACCAAUAAUUAGAAAAAAUAAUCCUCAUGUUAAAUUUGUCCUUCAUCGCCAUCAUACACCAGCAGAUCCUUUUAUUGUAGGUGAGUAUGAAUGGAAUCGUCAUCGAGCAAAACGUGUUGGAUGGCGUACAGAACUUCAGAUACUUUCAAUGGUUGAAGAAUUUGCUGUGGGAGGAGAUUAUCGUUCAGGUAAAAGGCGUGGAGUUAAAACGAUACUUCCUAGAGGUCAAGAAUUAUGGAAUACAGAAACAAUGGGACAUGAUGUCUUCAAAGUUGCUAGCAAAUACAAGUAUGAUGAAAAUGUCGAUGAAAAACUGCCUAAAUCUGUGGAUCACCCACAUUUUAUCUAUAAAAAAUUCCAUUAA